CCCCAUCCUUCCCCAACCCAAACCCACGCCGUCCCCUAAACCCUGUCGGCUCUCGCCGCCUUCUCGCCCCGCUCCUCCUCUACAACACCACGGCGGCAGCGGCACCCACGGCGAGGGGCCUCGUCCUCGCCUCCCCUCGCGGAGGCCUCCCCCUCCCCCCGUAGCUGAGCCCUCUUCCGCUCCUCCGUCGCCUCGCUGUUGCCGACGAGGACGAUGGGGAAUUCCCAGGUGAAAAGGAACGAGGAGGCUUCGGAUCUCAAGGACGCCUUGCUCCACCGCACGGGAGCGGCCGAUGCUCGGGCCGAAGGGCGGGGGCAGGACAACGGGGCCGGCAUGCCUGGUGGAGGAGAGCCACAUCAUGAUGGUGGCGCAGCGAACGUGAGCGGGACGAUCACGGAUCCGUCGGUCGGGGCGCAGGAAGGGGAACCCAUGUUAAAGGAUGAACGGUACGAAAAGGAUGACUGCAGCGAACUUCUUCACCCAUUGCUUCCGAUUCUAGAGGAUUACAUGAUCGAGAUGCUUCCGGCCUAUGCUACUGUCGCAUUUUCUGGGUUGACCAUGUUCCAUUUGAUGGUGGCAAACAAUGUUUGCCCAAGUGGCUCAACCAGGCAUCGUACAGUCCCUGUUGUACAUGUGUCCUUACACGUACAUCCCAUUUGGAGUAGCAUCAACAAUCUUGGCGACCGUUGCUACAAAAUGUCGGCGGUUUGCAGGAGCAGCGGCUGGGUUCUUGCUGGGGCAGUUGCUGUAUAUUCUCGUGCUUGGAGGAUUUACAACUAUGAUCAGAUUGCAGUCUAAGUUCUACCUUGAAGACACAGGAUAUAGAUAAAGACAAGGGCUCAAAUGCAGUUUUGGGGUUAACUAUUGCUUUGUGUUCUAUGGUGCUUGUUGUUUGGUCCGUACUGCUGCCCUAUCCCAAGGUUAGUUUUGCUACUCCCUCCGAUCCAUAUUAAUUGUCGAAAUAUUACAUGUAUCUAGACGCUUUUUAGGCAUAGAUACAUCUAUAUUUGGACAAAUUUGAGACAAUUAAUAUGGAUCGGAGGGAGUACUAAACCUGCUCAGGUAUAUUACAAUUGGCUUGUUUUACCUUCAAGAUGCAGGUUCUAGUGAUGUUGGUAUACUUGCUCAUGACACUAUUCAUGACUAUUUCAAAUUGUUGACAACUAUCUCCUGUGGUAAUGACUUUGAGUAGAAGGCUCACUCCCAUGUUGCAUUCAGUUGGAAACAAAGAAUCUAUGCUUUUAGUAUGCAUAACAUGGGACAUAAUCAAAAUAUUUCCAAUUGUUUUGUAAAAGAAAAACGCAAUUCAUUAUCACUAGACAAUCAAAGAAUGUACUAGUAGUAGAAAUAAAAAACGAGGGAAUUUCUAAGAGAGGAAGUGUGCACUUAAUUACAAAACUUGCAGAAAAUCAAAGCGGGUAAGAAAAAACAAGUAAAAGAAACUUAGGUGGUACAUUUUUCAUCUGUACAGCUUAGCCUGCUAUUUGAUAUAUGCUCAUGCCACUAUGCCAGUCAAUCAACUUGUAUGCAUACAACUUCCUUAUGUCUGGUAUGUGACUUCGGUCAAACCACAUGACCUUCCUUCCAUCCCAUGAUUCAAAGAAAUCCAGCAUGAAAAACCCGCAAUAGUUGUGUAUUUUUUUCUCCGAAAGCAAUGCAUAAGAAGUUGGCAUUUGGUAAAAUAAAGUUACUCCCUCCGAUCCAUAUUACUUGUCUCAAAUUUGCCCAAAUAUGAAUGUAUCUAUGUUUAAAAAGCGUCUAGAUACAUGUAAUAUUUCGACAAGUAAUAUGGAUCGGAGGGAGUAAAUAAAUUUGCGCUUAAUAGGUUCAGACUUACAGGCUAGUUUGGUGUGGGCACUCAGUCUAUUUGAAUGGAUUUAGGUUUUUUUAUAUGCCAAUGUUUGAUUGUUUGUAUUUCUUAGUCCAUAGGUACAUGAUUGAUGCAACUCCAUAGAGAGAUGCACCCCUGAGCAUUGCUAUAAGUCAAUUCGCUCCUGUUGUCUCUUGAUUUCUUUUUUUGUUGUUCUCUCACUAUUUUGGAGUUCACUGUUGCAGCAAAUCUCACCCAGCAUAAGAAAGACUGGUACCAUAAAACCAGGUGUUUCCUGUUAUUAGGAUCUGCUUGGAGUUCACUGUUGCAGCAAAUCUCACCCAGCAUAUUGCCUACUCCGUUUCAAAAUACAUGUUUUUAUUUAUGGUCUUUGACCUGUUUCAAAAUACAUGUUUUGAAUAUUUAUGGUCUUCGGCGUCAAACUUUAGGACGUUUGACUUAAGACAAACCUAGAACUUCUUAAAUCUAUGAACGAAUGGAGUAGUUGAUUUCAAUAGCUUGUUACUUUUUUGUGCUUGCAGUGGCUUUGUCUCUGGAGUUACAUUCGCUCAGAAAAUUCAAAAGGUGUUGCUGCAGCCCUUGCGUGUUCGGCACAAUCAUCUGAAGCAGCAACUGUAGCACUCAGAGCUGCGAAAGGUGCGGUAGAAGCUGCUAAGGUGGCUAAUUCUGAUGCCAAAGCUGCCAAAAAAGCUGCAGAUGCAGUUAUUGCUGCAGACGGUGCUAAGGAUCGGGCUCUUGGUUGUAAAAGAGAUGCUGAAGAAGCUGCAUCUGAAGCUAAGCUAGCUGCCAAGGAAGCAGAUGAGUGUGCCGUUGUUGCGGAGAAAGCUGCCGCUGAAGCAGGUGAGAGGUGCAAUCGAGCUCGAGUUGCUUGCGAUAAUGUUGAGAAGCUUUUAGAGAAUGCUCGAGUCUUUGAAGACAAAACUAAAAUUCUCUCUGACCCAAUCAACACGGUCUGAAAUCGAACGAAUCCGUUUUCUUUUCGAGCAAAAUCAGAUUUUCUCGGCAUGAUUUUGCAAGUCAGAUGCCCACUCUAAUGAUUACUGUUGUUGAGGUGCUUUGCCACAUGCUCAUGAGAUUUAAUUAAUCAAUAGUGAAUUUGGAAUCAGCAUAUGUGGUAUGUGCCAAUCUGUGUGGAUUUGAUUACAAUUUUGCAUCCAGUCU